AGUGCAAAAUUUAUAGCUCUCCAGAGAGCCAAGGCUUUCAAAUCUGACAAACCUUCUUUCAUAGUUCCCAUGACGCGAUCUUCUACCAAUCGAUCUUUUGUGUGGUUGCCAUCCGAUUUUUCGUUCCAUAUGACACGUCUUAGUAACAAUUCUGGCAACGUUAUGUUUCGGGUUUUGGAUGGGAGAACUUGGUGUCUUGGAUUGAAAUGUGAAAGGGCAAAACCAAAAGCCAGAUUCCAGUCUGGUUGGUUUAAAUUUGCACGAGACAAUAAUUUGAAAAUUGGUGAUGUGUGUGUCUUUGUGUUGGUUGACGACAUUAGACUUACUUUUGAAGUUGUCAUUUUCCGUGCCACAGAAGCUGCAAACACCUUGUCACCGGAUGUUGAUGGGGAACAAACAAUGUCCGAGAUGGAAGAAACUGAUGAAGAUUAUGAUUCUGUUGAACUCUUGGACUAUUUUCCACCAUGCCUGAAAACAAGGAAGAAAUCUCCAAUAGCACCACAGCCUAGAAAGAAAAACAGAACAUGUUCGAUUAGUACAGCAGAAAAUAACAUCAGAAGUGUUGGUGGCUCGUCUAGGAGUCAAAAAUUCCUAAAACGAAGACCUCAGGUUUCUAGGAUGAUGAAUCCAGUUACGGAAAGCGGAACAGAUAGAGCUCUUCAGAGAGCAAAGGCUUUCAGAUCAGAAUACCCUUCUUCCACGGUUGUUUUGCAUCCCUCAUAUAUCAGUGCAGGUUAUUUGCAUAUAGGAGCUAAGUUCAUCAAGGAACAUCUUCUUAAACGGAGUCAUAAGAAUGCCAUCCUUCGUGUUUCAGAUGGAAGAACUUGGCCUGUCUCAUUAGGCCAACAAGGCAAAGGUAUACUCAGAUUUCAGACUGGUUGGAGGAAAUUUGUGCAAGACAAUCAGUUGGAAAUCGGAGAUGUGUGUGUCUUUGUGUUGACUAAUGCCAUCAAACGUUUAAUUGAUGUUGUCCUUUUCCGCGCUACAGAAGCCGCAAAGUGCACCUUGUCAGGGGAAGGCCACAGACGCCGGACGAUCAGUUCAAGUAGAAAAAUUAAAAGAGAAGCCUGAUGGACGAAGCAAUGGAAGCUGAAUAUUUUGUUAUGAAUCCACUAGUACUACCGAGUCCUAUCU